AAAAGAAACCCCCGCGGAGGAGACAAAACGCAUUUUGGUCGCUCGUUCGGUUCGUCCUGUUGUAGUUUUCGCGAAAUCGCCAGCGCGUGUAUAGCGAGUGUGUGUGUUUGUGUGUGCGUACGGAAGGAAGGAACAAGAACACGGCCGGUGCCGGAAAAGCUGCGUCGCUCGACGUUUUCUUCUACCCCUCUUUUCCGCGCGCUAUCGUUUAUUCGGUGAUUUAGUUUCGUGCGUGUGCGUUUUAUUGUUUCUUGUACGUUACUUUAACGAGUUCAGCAAACAGUGUUUACUGCUUACCGUAAGCAAUGUCGACCGAAAAGGAAAUGAAUCCCGCGGAGGUGGAGCAGGAGGAACACGACAGCAACUAUCAGCCGCCGCCGCAGAAAACGAUCGAGGAAAUUAUGGCCGCUGAUGCGGAGGACGAAAGCUUGCGAAAGUACAAGGAGGCACUGCUCGGCGAGGCACAGGUGGAAAAGAUUAUCUUUGAUGAAUCCGAUCCACGGAAGGUGAUCGUGAAAAAGCUUGCCCUGCUGGUGGCCGAUCGUGAUCCGAUGGAGCUCGAUUUGACUGGUGAUUUAACGAAGCUGAAAAAGAAUGUGUUCGUCAUUAAGGAAGGCAUUCAGUACAAAAUUCGUAUCGAUUUCGUAGUGCAGCGGGAGAUUGUGCACGGUUUGAAGUAUGUGCAGAAAACCUACCGAAUGGGCGUUCCAGCCAUCCAUGUCGAUAAAAUGGUCCAGAUGGUUGGUUCCUAUCCACCAAAGAAGGAAAUCCAGAGCUACACCACCCCGUUCGAGGAGGCCCCGUCCGGCAUGAUGGCCCGCGGUACCUACUCCGUCACCUCCCUCUUCACCGACGACGACAAGAACGAGCACCUGAAGUGGGACUGGAGUUUUGAGAUUAAAAAAGACUGGCAGUAAAAUGCAAACCACCUUCCUCCACCCGUAACUCUUCUACUGUACCAGGACACUGCUCUCCCCUUACCCGGUUAAAAAAGCCCCUCCCCGCAACAGACGUGCGUGUUGAGUUGAAGGUAGAGUAGACAGAGAAAGCGAGAGAGAGAGCGUGUGUUUGUGUGAAGAAACAUUAUUAUUAGUGUGGAUAAAGAGGUACGAAACAGAACAAAAAAACGGGAAUAUUGGCAUGCUUAUAUCAGUGUGUGGUUAGCGUCAGGUGUGUGUGUAUUAAGGAGAGGGGGGUCUGAUUCUGAUAAGCAGGAGAGUGUAGGGAGCCAGAAAAGA